AUGUCAGUUGGAGCAGUUGGCAAGUAUGGGCAGCUGGAGCAAUUGGGAGCAGCUAAGAGAGGUGUGCUUCACCAGCCAAAGGGGAGGACGAAAUUGCACUCUAUAAGUAAAGAGCUACACACUGAUUCAAGGAAUGGAGUCAGAUACACAUUUUCAUUUCAUCCAUUACUCUCAUACACACAUUCAGAUUCACCACAAAGAGAUAAGAGAGCUUGGAGCUGUCUUGGGAACUACAUUGCUGCUAGCUAG